AUCUGCUGAAGACUGGAGAGGACUGUCUGCCUCCCCUCCACCCCUCCUAUACCUCCCCCUUUGCAUCCUCCAGAUGAUGCCUCCUCCUAGUACUGCAUGCAGACCCUAGUCCUGCUCCACUGCAGAGACCGGAGGGAGGGGGAAUCCAGCACCUCUACCAUUACAAUGUGGCUUCUUCUUUCGCAAGGGGGGAGACCGCCUUUGAACCCCUGACCUUCCUUUUUCCCCUACAAGUGCUUCCAAUGUUGGGUUUGGAUUUAUCGCUUCCUCGCGUGCUUUGAUCGACCAUCCUAUGGCUUUGCCGCAUGCUGGACGCUGGAUGAGCUUCGUGCCGUAGGAUCGCUUUGUAGGAUUGUAUCAAUCAUUUUUCUUUUUUUUUUAUUGUUGUUUUUUUUUAUUAUUAUUUAAAAAAUGGAGAGUAAUAUCUUUACUCCCAUCUUGGAGAAUUUUAUGAGCAGCCCUCUGGUGAGCUGGAUUAAGACGUUUGGAGUUCUGGUCAAAGGAAAAGGGACCUUGCUGGACGAAUAUGUGGCUUUGGUGGACGGCGUGUUCCUCAAUGAGGUCAUGUUCCAGAUAAAUCCUAAAGCAGAAAAUCAAAGAAUAUAUAAAAAGAUCAAUAAUGAUGCUUCCCUGAGGAUCCAAAAUUUGUCGGUUCUGGUGAAACAAAUCAAAUCGUACUAUGAGGAAUCUUUACAGCAGUUGGUUAUGAUGUCUUUACCGAAUGUUUUAACAAUUGGAAAAAAUCCUUUUUCUGAGCAAGGUACAGAAGAGAUGAAGAAGAUGUUGCUGCUUAUGCUGGGCUGUGCGGUUCAGUGCUCAAGAAAAGAAGAGUUUAUUGAUCAAAUACAAGACUUGAAUUUCGACACGAAGGCAGCUGUCGCAGCUCACAUCCAAGAGGUAACUCACAAUCCAGAGAAUGUUCUUGACCUGCAGUCCAUGGACUCCACUGACCUCUCUCCAGAUGAUCUGGAAUCCUUACUGAAAAAUGUAUCUUUCCACCUAAAGAGACUGGUGGAUGAAAGAGAUGAACAAUCGGAGACAAUUAUCGAGCUGACAGAGGAGAGGGACUCCCUUCACUUCACACCUCCGCCAGCCCCGGCUCAGUCUCCCUCCGGAUCGCCCGGGAUGAGGAGGACGGAGAGCAGACAGCACCUGUCCGUGGAGUUGGCAGACGCCAAGGCUAAAAUAAGACGGCUGCGGCAGGAGCUGGAGGAGAAAACGGAACAGUUUCUGGACAGUAAACAGGAGGCAGCCCAGUUGGAAGCCGAGCUCAAGAGACUGCAGCAGGAGAACAUGAAUCUGUUGGCCGAUGCCAGGUCUGCUCGUAUGUAUAGAGAUGAGCUGGACGCACUCAGGGAAAAAGCUGUAAGAGUUGACAAGCUUGAAAGUGAAGUCAACCGGUAUAAAGAACGGAUGCAUGACAUCGAAUUUUACAAAGCCAGGGUAGAGGAGUUAAAAGAAGACAAUCAGGUGCUUCUAGAAACAAAAAUCAUGUUGGAAGACCAGCUGGAUGGGUCACGAGGUCGCUCUGAUAAACUGCAUGAGCUGGAGAAGGAGAACAUACAGUUCAAAGCUAAGAUCCAUGAUAUGGAGAUGGAGCGUGAUAUAGACAGGAAGAGAAUCGAAGAGCUGAUGGAGGAGAACAUGUCUCUAGAAAUGGCUCAGAAGCAAAGCAUGGAUGAGUCGUUACAUCUUGGCUGGGAACUGGAACAGCUUUCUAAAACCAGUGAUCUCCCGGAAACACCACAGAAGUCGCUGGGACAUGAAGUGAAUGAGCUUACGUCCAGCCGGCUGCUCAAAUUAGAGAUGGAAAACCAAACAUUGCAGACCACAGUGGAAGAGCUGAGGAAUGCCAUGGGCUCCACGGAGGGCGCUAAUGCCAAAAUCCUGAAAAUGGAAAAAGAAAACCAAAGACUAAGCAAGAAGCUUGAGAAAAUAGAAGCGGAGCUAAUUCAUGAGCGUCGGACCAUUGAGAGCAGCCAACAAAUGAGCGAUGACCUUGUGAAGGAAAAGUCGCAGCUGGAGAAGAUCGUAGAAACGCUGCGUGAGAACUCCGAGAGACAGAUCAAAGGGCUGGAACAAGAAAAUGAGCAUUUGAACCAAACCAUCGCAUCCUUGAGGCAACGUUCUCAGAUUGGGGCUGAAGCCAGGGUGAAGGAUAUAGAAAAGGAAAAUAAGAUCUUGCACGAGUCCAUCAAAGAAACAAGUAGUAAAUUAAAUAAGGUGGAGUUUGAGAAGAAGAAGCUCAGAAAAGAACUAGAACAUUUUAAGGAAAAAGGAGAAAGAGCCGAGGACCUGGAAAAGGAACUGCAUCGGGUGGAAAAAGAAAACGAACAGCUCCAGAAGAAGAUCACCAGUUUAAACAUCGUCUGCGAAAAGGCAGAGUCCUUGGAACAAGAAAAUGUCGGGUUAGAAAUAGAAAACCGUAAGCUGAAGAAAACUUUAGACGGUUUCAAAAAUCUCAAGUAUCAAAUGGAAUCAUUGGAGAAGGAGAACGCACAGCUUGAAGAGGAGAACCUGGACCUAAGGCGGAUGGUUGAGUCACUAAAGAGCACAAAUAUUAGAGUAGCCCAACUGGAGUUAGAAAACAAAGAGCUGGAAAAUGAGAAACAACAACUCAAGAAAGGCAUGGACCUCAUGAGAGCGUCUUGCAAGAAAACCGAGCGUUUAGAAGUCAGUUACCAAGGUCUCGACACAGAGAACCAAAGGCUACAAAAGGCUCUGGAAAAUAGCAAUAAAAAGAUCCAGCAGCUUGAAACUGAGCUUCAGGAGCUGGAGGCAGAAAAUCAUACUUUACAGAAGAACCUGGAAGAGCUGAAAAUCUCCAGCAAGAGGCUGGAACAGCUAGAAAAGGAAACCAAGCUUUUGGAGCAGGAGACCUGUCAGCUGGAAAAGGACAAGAAGCAGCUUGAGAAGGAGAACAAAAGGCUACGCCAGCAAGCCGAGAUUAAAGACAUUACAUUAGAGGAGGAUAAUGUGAAGAUCUCAAAUUUAGAGAGGGAGAAUAAAUUACUUACAAAAGAGACAAAUGCAUUUAAAGAGUCUUGUUCAAGGCUUAAAGAACUGGAAAAAGAGAACAAGGAACUUGUAAAAAGAGCGACUAUUGAUAAGAAAACACUUAUCAAUCUAAGAGAGGACUUGGUAAAUGAGAAGCUGAUGACCCAACAAACCAAUAAUGAGCUGGAAAAACUAAGCCAUGAGCUGGAAAAGAUAGGUCUGAAUAAAGAGCGUCUCUUACAUGAUGAGCAGACCAGUGAUGACAGCAGAUAUAAGCUUUUGGAGUCCAGAUUAGAAUCCACGUUGAAGAAGUCUCUAGAAAUAAAGGAGGAAAAAAUUGCCUCGCUUGAAGCCCGAUUAGAAGAAUCGACUAAUUUCAAUCAACAGCUACGCCAAGAACUAAAAACUGUGAAGAAGAAUUAUGAAGCUCUUAAGCAGCGACAAGAGGAGGAGAAAUUGACGCAGAGCUACGCUCCUAAGCAUGGAGAGGACAGUGUGCCCAUCGCUAAAUGGGAGCGGGAGAGCCAGGAGACCACGAGGGAGUUGCUGAAGAUCAAAGAUCGCUUGAUAGAAGUGGAGAGAAAUAAUGCUACUCUGCAGGCAGAAAAGCAAGCGCUGAAAACUCAGCUGAAACAACUGGAAAAUCAGAAUGACAACUUACAAGCACAAAUUGUGACUCUUCAGAAACAAACCGUUUCACUGCAGGAGCAAAACACAACUCUACAGACACAGAACGCCAAACUGCAGGUUGAAAAUUCUACUCUCAAUUCUCAGAGCACUUCAUUAAUGAACCAAAAUUCACAGCUCCUCCUUCAGCAGUCAAGCUUAGAAAACGAGAACGAGUCUUUGGUGAAAGAAAGAGAAGAGCUGAAAUCGGUGUACGAUCAUCUGGUGAAAGACCAUGAAAAGCUGGCUCAGGUUCACGAGCGCCAAGCAGGAGAGUACGAGACGCUGAUCUCUAAACACGGAACCUUGAAGUCUGCACAUAAAAAUCUGGAGGUGGAACACAAAGAUCUCGUAGACCGAUACAACCAGCUGUUGAAACAGAAAGUGCAGUUAGAAGACCUGGAAAAGGCUCUAAAGGAGGAACAGGGGAAAAUGGUGCAGGAGAACAAGCAGCGUGAUAUGUUGGCUUCAGAUUAUCAGAGACUCACGGAAGAGCAUGAGAGACUUAACCACACAUAUAGACAACUGUUACGGGAGAAUGAAAGCAUGCAAAGUGACCAUAAAAACCUGAAAAGUUCGCUGAACAAUGGAAAAUUGGAGCAGACCCGAUUAGAAGCAGAUUUCUCCCGACUAAAGGAGGAAUAUCAGAAGUUGGAUAUCGAAUCCACAAAACUAAAUAACCAGUGUGAGCUUUUAGGGCAAGUUAAAGGGAACUUGGAGGAAGAGAAUAGACAUUUGACGGAUCAGAUACAGACAUUAAUGUUGCUGAACAAAACAUUGCUGGACCAGAAUAUGGAAAGCAAAGAUCUUUUCCAGAUUGAACAAAGACAGUACAUGGACAGGUUAAACGAGCUCCGGAGGCAAAAAGAAAAACUGGAAGAAAAGAUCAUGGAUCAGUACAAAUUCUAUGAACCAUCUCCUCCAAGAAGGAGAGGAAACUGGAUAGCUUUAAAGAUGAGGAAGCUGAUCAAGCCCAAAAAAGAUGUCAACCGUGACCGUCUGAGAUCUCUUACACUCCCACCUUCCCGAUCGGAGUCCAGCGAAGGGUUUCUGCAGUUGCCUCCCCAGGACAGCCAAGACAGCUCAUCCGUAGGUUCCAAUUCACUUGAGGAUGGGCAUCCACUUGGGGCCAAGAAAAGCAGCACCCUGAAAAGACUGCCUUUUAUGAGGAACAGACCGAAGGAUAAGGACAAAAUGAAGGCCCUCUACCGCCGCUCUGUGUCCAUGAAUGACCUGGUCCAGUCCAUGGUCCUGGCAGGUGGACAGUGGACAGGUAGUGCUGAAAAUCUGGAGGGUCCCGAUGAAAUUCCCACGGGCAAAAGGAGGAAAGAUUUGGGAACCAUGGCCUUCUCCACAACUGCCAUCAACUUUUCAACUGUCAACCAAGCUUCGAGCUUCAGAAACAAGCAGAUACCUAAGAGUAAAGAUGGCGCUUCGUAUGAAGAUGUCAGCGGGCAUGGUGCAAGUGAUGAUUCUUAUAGUGGUUCCACCCUUCCUGCUCCCAGACCAGCCAGCCUUGAUAGUGGCAGGACAUCCCUUAGUAAUAGUAAUAAUAAUGCUUCACUCCAUGAAGUGACAGGUACCGCUCAGAGCAGGUCCCAGAGCCACAGCAGUGGAGAUUUUGGUUUGAACCAUGACAAUGAAGUGUGGUCCGGCAGCAAUAGUCCAGUCCAGUAUUUCGGUCAGCGCUUGAAAAAGUCUGCGGCAUCCAGCCCCAUGCUUAGACUCCAGUCGUGUGAUGGAGCGGAAUGCCUUGCCCAGUCGAAGAAGAGGCUGGGGUCACCCGGAAGUGAGAUGGUCUCCCUCAAGCAAUUCUUAGAGGAAAGCAGCAAGCUCACUGUAAGCCAGAUUCGGUCUGGAAGCCAGGAAAACCUUCUAGACGAAGUCAUGAAAAGCUUGUCUGGCUCCGCUGAAUUUUCAGGAUUACAGUCUCCGUCACAGCUGUCUCCUGGCCUAGCAGUGGGUGACAAAAAGACUGGGAAAGCAGAGCCGUGUACACGACCCAACACUUGGAAAAAAGAGGAGAAUAUGCGAUUCACAUUCCCUGUAGAGACGGUCACGCAAUCUGUAGAUGGAAGCGCUGCUCUAAGUCCAGGGAUGGCGUGUACACAACGACAAACGGCUAAAGAGCCCAGCCAAUUCGCCACCUUACCUCGUGCUAGCAGUGUCAUCUCCACGGCCGAGGGGACCACACGUAGGACAAGUAUUCAUGAUUUUUUAUCCAAAGACAAUAGGUCACCUGUAUCAGUUGAUCCAUCACCGACACAGGAAGAUGCUCCAUCUUUAUCGAAUGUGGAGGCCACACCAGAGAUCAGGCUCUCAAAAAGCAGGUCUAGGGAGCAGAAAAUCCCUUAAUUUAGUGACUCUGUUCAAGUGAUAUCCCAAGUGAGCGAAAAGUGUCCUUCAGUUUGUCCUUGCGAAGUUUCCAUUUCUGAAGUCACAGGACCGGCUCCCGCCAUGCCAACUUUAUCAGAGAAUUUAGUUGCAAGCAUUCAGCGCUAGAGCUGGAGAUGAAUUGACACCUUCCUUCCUUGAAUCAAGGAGUUCAGUCGGAGAAAAAUGCAAAAAAAUAAACAACAACACACAAAAGUACAUUUUUAAAAAAGCCCACAAACGCUACAGGAAUAAUCUGAUUUUUCUUUCUGCACUUUGCACUGUGGUAGUCUUCUAUUGUCCUGCUCAGGAUGGACCUACAAGCACUCGUGGAAGCAAGCUGUAUGAACCCAUGAUCCAAUCUAAACGUUGAAUCAACCUCUGUAUUACGCACAGAAGACGGUUAAAGUUUUUUCUAGCAAAGGCCAUGCUUCCUGUCUUAAUUACUGCCUCAUGUGAUUCCCACAUACUGCAUGGUUAUGCCUCUUCCAAGCAUCCAAUAGCAUGCUUCUCAUGCACAGUAAACAAAUUGUGUGUUAAAUCACGAACGCUUCGAUAUACUCAGCACCUUCCUCUCGCUCUAGCGUACCCUCCUAUAAUAUUUGGGUACCAUGCUAAUAUUUGUGGAACAUUUUUAAGUUUCUUUUUUUUUUUCUUCAUUCAUUGGAGACCACCAUAGAGUGCCAUAGUUCAUACAGCACCAAUUGCCUCAAUAGGAUUCAAUGGAGGGCUGCCACUGGAUGGCCAUAUAGUGCCAUAGUUUAUAUGACACAAAUUGCGGCAAUGGGAUUCAGUAGAGGGCUGCCACUGGAUGGCCAUAGAGUACUAUAGUUCAUACGGCAACAUUUGCCUCAAUGGGAUCCAAUAGAGCGCUGCCACUGGAUGGUGAUAGUGCUAUAAUAGUUCAUACGGCUUCAAUGGAGGGGUGCCACUGGAUGGUCAUAGAGUGUUAUAGUUCAUACGGCCUCAAUGGGCUUCAAUGGAGGGCUGCCAAUGGAUCACCAUAGAGUGCCAUAGUUCAUACGGAACCAAUUGCCACAAUGGGAUCCAAUGGAGGGCUGCCACUGGGUCGCCAUAGAGUGCUAUAGUUCAUACAGCACCAAUAGCCUCAAUGAAAUUAAAUGCAGGGCUGCCACUGGAUGGCUAUAGAGUGCUUUAGUUCAUACGGCCUCAAUGGGCUUCAAUGGAGGGCUGCCACUGGAUGGCUAUAGAGUGCUUUAGUUCAUACGGCCUCAAUGGGCUUCAAUGGAGGGCUGCCACUGGAUAGCCAUAGAGUGCUAUAGUUCAUACGGCCUCAAUGGAGGGCUGCCACUGGAUAGCCAUAGAGUGCUAUAGUUCAUACGGCCUCAAUGGAGGGCUGCCACUGGAUAGCCAUAGAGUGCUAUAGUUCAUACGGCCUCAAUGGGCUUCAAUGGAGGGCUGCCACUGGAUGGCCAUAGCAUGCUAUAGUUCAUAUGGCACCAUUUGCCUCAAUGGGAUCCAAUAGAGAGGGCUGCCACUGGAUGGUCAUAGUGCUAUAGGUCAUACGGGCACCAUUUGCCUCAAUAGGAUCUAAUGGAGGGCUGCAACUGGAUGGCCAUAGAGUGCUAUAGUUCAUACGGCACCAAUAGCCUGAAUGGGAUGCAAUGAAUGGCUGCCACUGGAUCACCAUAGACUGCUAUAGUUCAUACGGGACCGUUUGCCUCAAUGGGAUCCAAUGGAGAGCCAGUGGAUGGCGGUGAACACAAGGUUAAUUUUUACAUUCAGAGGAUCAUGGGAAAGAAUUUAGCGCCAGCCAUACGGGAUGAUUAUAGCCAGGACUAGCCUGUAAAAACAUUGGCUAUGCAUGACUAUUACCAAGUACAUGCAGCAAUAAAGGAGGCUUUGUUACCCUCAUAGUGGCAGUUCUCAAAUUAUAAAACAAAAAUAGGGGCCAUGGGGAAUUUGCCCUCCUUGACAGCCCUCCCUGAAUAUUUUAAGGCGCUUUAAAAAACACGCAGCAAGAUGAUUGCUUUUUUGUUUUUGUAUUAUUUUGGAAAUUGAGAUCAAUGGACAACGUUAUUGCACUGAGGAUGAUCAAAAAAGGAUUAUAAUGUACGUUGCAAUUUCUUAGUCGCAUAAUCAGCUAAUGGCAAAAUGUCUGGGCAGAUAUCAAUUUUUGGUAUUUUUUUUAAUAUAUAUAUAUAUAUAUAUGUUGGCAAUGCCACAUUUUUAAUCUGGUUGACUGAAUUGCUACCAGAGCCUGUACACUGUACGGCGCCCUUUGGUGGUGAAGAAUUAAAGGUAAGCGUGACUGUAAUUAUAGAUGAGUGUGGAGUUUUCCCAUACAUUUUAUUGUACCCGUGACAAAAAUGAACCUUUCUUCCCCCGAAAUCCUAAUUUAAACUGUUGUCUUAAUACCGUUCUUUUUUUUCACUUGUGUUUUGAAUGAUUUGAUGCUUCAUAAUGACGUUUAACACACAUGGGAUGUUUCACUUUUCUUGUUCUGUGUUAUUAAAACAUUUUCUUAUAUA